UUAGCAUACAUUAGCAUGGCCCUGCCCCGGAGGCGGGCGGGCGGGCGCGCGGCUCAGUCCCGCGGAGCGGAGCGGGCGCGGAGCCGAGUGAGGCGCGGGGAUCCUCGCCACCCCGCCUCGGAGAGCGGGAUGGGACGCCGCCCGCGGGGACCUGGAUCUCCUCGGGGACCUGGCCCUCCAAGCCCCGAGCCCAGGCUGCCGCCGCUGCUGCUUCUGCUCUCGCUGGCGGCCCACGGGGGCUGCGCAGCGCCCGCACCCCGCGCAGAGGACCUCAGUCUCGGGGUGGAAUGGCUGAGCAGGUUCGGAUACCUGCCUCCUGCAGACCCAGCAACAGGACAGCUACAGACCCAGGAGGAACUGUCCAAGGCUAUUACUGCCAUGCAGCAGUUUGGCGGCCUGGAGACCACCGGCAUCCUGGAUGAGGCCACUCUGGCCCUGAUGAAGACCCCUCGCUGCUCCCUUCCGGACCUGCCCCCUGGGGCCCAUGCAAGAAGGAAGCGACAGACUCCGCCACCAACCAAAUGGAGCAAGAGGAACCUUUCUUGGAGGGUCCGGACCUUCCCACGGGACUCACCCCUGGGCCGGGAUACUGUGCGGGCACUCAUGUACUACGCCCUCAAAGUCUGGAGUGACAUCACACCCUUGAACUUCCACGAGGUAGCGGGUAACACUGCUGACAUCCAGAUCGACUUCUCCAAGGCGGACCACAAUGACGGCUACCCCUUUGAUGGCCCCGGGGGCACAGUGGCCCAUGCCUUCUUCCCCGGUGACCACCACACGGCAGGGGAUACCCACUUUGAUGAUGACGAGGCAUGGACCUUCCGUUCCUCAGAUGCCCAUGGGAUGGACCUGUUUGCAGUGGCUGUCCAUGAGUUUGGUCAUGCCAUUGGUCUGAGCCAUGUUGCUGCCCCAGGCUCCAUCAUGCAACCGUAUUACCAGGGCCCCGUCGGUGACCCACUCCGCUACGGGCUUCCCUACGAGGACAGGGUGCGUGUCUGGCAAUUAUAUGGUGUGCGGGAGUCCGUGUCCCCUACUGCACAGCUGGAUACUCCAGAGCCUGAGGAACCACCCCUCCUGCCGGAUCCUCCCAGCAAUCGGUCUAGCACCCCGCCCCAGAAGGACAUGCCUCAUAGGUGCACUGCCCACUUUGAUGCCGUGGCCCAGAUCCGAGGUGAAGCCUUCUUCUUCAAAGGCAAAUACUUCUGGCGGCUGACCCGGGAUCGGCACUUAGUGUCCCUGCAGCCAGCUCAAAUGCAUCGCUUUUGGCGGGGCCUGCCGCUGCACCUGGACAGCGUGGAUGCCGUGUAUGAGCGUACCAGCGAUCACAAGAUUGUCUUUUUCAAAGGAGACAGAUACUGGGUGUUUAAGGACAACAACGUAGAGGAAGGGUACCCGCGACCUGUCUCCGACUUCAGCCUCCCGCCAGGUGGCAUCGAUGCUGUCUUCUCCUGGGCCCACAAUGACAGGACUUAUUUCUUUAAGGACCAGCUGUACUGGCGCUAUGAUGACCACACACGGCGCAUGGACCCUGGCUACCCUGCCCAGGGCCCCCUGUGGAGGGGUGUUCCCAGCAUGCUGGAUGACGCCAUGCGCUGGUCUGAUGGUGCAUCCUAUUUCUUCCGAGGCCAGGAAUACUGGAAGGUGCUGGAUGGCGAGCUGGAGGCAGCGCCUGGGUACCCCCAGUCUACAGCCCGGGACUGGCUGGUGUGUGGCGAGCCGCUGGCAGAUGCGGAGGAAGUCGGGCCUGGACCCCAGGGCCGCAGUGGGGCCCAGGACAGCCUGGCAGUGUGCUCCUGCACUUCAGAUGCACAGAAGUGUUCAUGGCCAUCUCUACUGCUGUUGCCGCCACUGCUGUGGGGCGUGUGGACCUCAGUCUCCGCAAGGGCAUCCUGAGGGCAGUGCCGGCCUUGCGGAUCAAGGAGCCGAGGAGGGCAGGGACAUACCGGCCAGUAGUCAGCAGGACUUGUACUCCAAGCGCCCGGUCCUUCCUUCCUUCCUUCCUUCCACCAAAUCCAGGGGUGCUGUGCCCUCUGCUGGAGUAGCCUCCAACUGGGACAAGAAGUCCCACCAGUGGCAUCCAUGCGCCCUCCCCCCCUGGAGCAGCCAUAGGCGGUGCUCCUUCCUCUUUUGCACACCAUGCUGCUUCGUCGCACCUUACUGGGCUGCUCACGCCUGGCUUUCACAUCCCGGGGAUGCCUUGUCCGCACCUGAGCAGCUCUGGUGUCGGCUGCAGGUGGGCUGAUGGGGACGGGAGGUCCUCACAGUGUCCAUAGGGGCCACGGCCCCGGUUUCAUGAGAGAGUUGAUGGCCCGACGGGGAACGGAGUGGGGGGACAGGGUACCUGCCCAGCGGUCUGAUCCACUGCCAUUUGCAGCAGCUAGAGCCACAUCUGCCACUGCAGAGGACCAGUCACACUCGGGAUCUACAGAUGCUGGCCAGGCGCUUUGCUCCAACCGUCAGGAGCACUCGCCUCGCCUCAUCUUAGGCCAGCUGUUCUCAAGUGGAGGCGACGUCCUGUUAUCUCCCUCUGCGUGGCCAAGAGAGAACUGUGGGUCUCCCUGGGGUGCUGUGGCUUGGGAGUGUGCCUGUAGAGACAUCUCUCAUCUCUCCUGCCCCAUUGCUUCCGCAGGAUGCCCCCAUACGGUUCUGGGCUGAGACCCCGCAGCUUAGACUUGUGGUUGUCCCCUCCCCAGCUGGGGAGGGGCUUCUGCCACCUGGCAUCAAAGUGGGGGUUCAGUUAAGGAAGGGUGGCUUGGUUACCCCAGGCCCUGAGUAGGGGAAUGGUACCUGGCAGGUGGCACACAGGGGGACUGGGAAGGGGCAGCUGCAGGGAUACUCAGCACGGCCAGGUUAGUAGUGUCCUGCAGGGCCGUGACGAUGUCAGCUCCUGGUCCACCCUGGCCUUGGAGGUGGAGGAGCUGUGGAAGAAUUGCUGAUCUGAGAGACAGACCUUCAUGGUCCAGAAAGGGCCUGUAAGCUAGGACCAAGGAGCCAUCAGCUACUGGGAGCUGGUUCUGGAGCGGGAUGGGCCCGAGGGACACACACAUACAGCCCAGGGGUGGAGCCACCCAUGUAGGCAUGGACAUGUGAUGACACACCCCUCUCCGACUGGUCCCAUCUCAGGUAAGAAAGGCUUCUGCACACCCCGGCUCACACUUCAUGUACGCUCAGCACUGGCGCCACUCCCUCCUAGCCCAGGUUCGAGCAUCAUCUGGAGGAGUGAGCAGCCCGCCUGAUCCUACGCCCAUCUGCCAGGCUAGACAGGACAGAGUGUGGGUCUGCGGUGUCAUCGGGGCCACCCCACUCUGCCCUCUAUCACAGCACGCUCCUAUGAUGUCCCGUGUUGUCCACCAGCCUGAGGACACAGCCGUCCAGUACGGUAAUGGGAAGAGUCCUAGGGGCCCUUGUUACAUGGCACUGAAAGUCAGGGCCUGCAGGCUGGAGCUGUCCAGAGGCUGGUGUCUCACUCAUUUUAAAAACCCAAACUCUAAUAAAUUUUUUUCUACACUG